UAUCCAGCCCACGCGUCCGUCUUAAAAGCGAGGCGCCCAACGGUCCGCCACAAAGCUAGUCGAUUGUGCCCCACGAUGCACUUCCUCGUCCCGCUGUUGGCCGCGGCGCUCGUGAGUGUGGCCGAAGGAUACGCUGAUCCUACGCUGGAAGGACUUGGUUCUCGCGACCUCCCUUGCCCUGAAGCGGAGGACAUCCUUCCCUGCGAGUGCAACGUCUAUGGCUCCUACAACUUGAACAUGUAUUGCUCUGACGUGGACAAUGACGAACUGGCCAGGGUGUUCUCCGCGCACUUCCCUUUCACGCAGCACUGGCGGCUGGAUGUGCGAUAUAGCGACAGGCUGGACGUGCUUCGGAAAGGGGACUUGGGCGUGGUUUCCAUCGACGAAGUUGUCAUUAUAGUAUCUGGGCUUACGGAGGUGCAGGAGGAAGCCUUUUCGCAUAGUUACUCGACCGUUAAGCGUAUUGGCUUAUCCUAUAACAAAAUAUCGAAAUUUCCUUUUCAUGAGCUUCCCUUGUUCACAUCUCUAAGGCAGUUAUACUUAUAUUAGCAACAACCUCGACCAGUUUCCCGAACUGAAUUCUGACUCUCUUACGCUGGUCUCGCUGAGCUUCAACCGCAUGAGCGAUGUCCCAGUUGACGGCUUCAAACGUGUUCCGAAUUUAGAAGUGUUCUAUUUUGAAGGAAAUAAUUUGCAACAAAUUACCCCAGGAACCUUUGCCGGCCUCCCGCACCUGCGGAACAUCUAUAUCCCGAACAACAAGCUGAGCCGCAUCCAAGAAGGGGCUCUCGCGGUUGCCAGUGAUUUCUUUCAGGACCUUGUUUUGUCCGGAAACGACAUCAGCAUUAUUGAACCUUUCGCCAUCACAGGCAUCAGCGGUGCAGACCUUCGGCUCGAUGGCAACUCCUUGACGGUCCUGGACGAAGCAGUGUUCCGGCCGCUGCUGGAGGACAAGGUCUCGAUCUUCCUCGAAGGAAACCCCCUGAGCUGCGAGUGCGACGUCGCCUGGCUCGUCACAAGACCCGACUUGAUGGCCUGGAUCGCCGACGACGCCGCUUGCUUCAACGGGCAGCUGCUGGCGGACCUCGACCCGGCCAUGUACGAGAACCUCUGCUGAAGAAGGUGCGCGGGAGGGGGACCGCUCGUGACAGAGGAGUCGCUUGACGCCUUAACUGCUCUCUGGUGUAAUCUGUUAUAGUUUGUACACAGUGAUAGGCUUCAAUUAUUAUUAUCAUUUUCAUUACCAUUAUUAUUAUUAUGACUAUUAUUAUCACUAUUCACAUCAUUAUCUUUGUUAUUAUCAUUGGUGGUAGGAACUAUGGCUAUUGCAUGCUAUUACAGUGAUUUUUAGUUUCUUGUGGUUGCCAGUUUGAAAUCCCAUUAAAAUCUUUCUUAAAUGAAUUAGUGAUUAUCCUGGAGUGAAACCGGAUUACCACAGCUUUCACAUUUAAUUUGUGUCGAUAAAAUUGAUCCAAUAAAGAUGUCUUGCAGAGAUUCGAGGUAAAA